UCUAAACCCUAAACUUUCUCGCAUUUGUCCCUUUCCCAUAAACCCUAGAUAAAACCACAGCCACCCACUUUCUUCUCCUCUCACAAACCCCUUAAACCCUAAAAGCCCGUCGCCGCCGCCCGCCAUGGACCCGAAAGCCGUGAAGUCCGACCUUGUUCUCAUCCUCGACUACGGCUCCCAAUACACCCACCUCAUCACCCGCCGCAUCCGCUCCCUCUCCGUCUUCUCCCUCACCAUCUCCGGCACCAGCCCCCUCAAGGCCAUCACCGACCUCAACCCCUCCGUCGUCAUCCUCUCCGGCGGGCCCCACUCCGUCCACACCGACGACUCCCCCAGCUUCCCCGGCGGCUUCGCGGAGUGGGCCGAGGCCAACGGCGUCUUCGUCCUCGGAAUCUGCUACGGGCUUCAGCUGAUUGUGCAGCGCCUCGGCGGGGUCGUUAGGGUUGGGGAGAAGCAGGAGUAUGGCAAGAUGGAGAUGGUGGUGGAGAAGAAUUCCGGGAUUUUCGGGUCCAAGAGUGUUGGGGAUAGGCAGGUUGUGUGGAUGAGCCAUGGGGAUGAGGUGGCUCAGCUGCCGGAGGGAUUCGAGGUGGUUGCGCAGAGCCAGCAGGGAGUGGUGGCCGCCAUCGAAAGCCCGGCUAGGAGGUUCUAUGGGCUGCAGUACCACCCUGAGGUGACACAUUCUCCAGGAGGGAUGGAGACACUUAGGUACUUCCUGUUUGAUGUUUGUGGAGUCAGCGCAGGAUGGAAGAUGGAAAACGUAAUGGAGGAAGAAAUUAAAGUGAUAAAUAGCACAGUGGCGCCCGAAGAUCACGUCAUAUGCGCAUUAUCUGGAGGUGUUGAUUCCACGGUGGCCGCAACUCUUGUUCAUAAGGCUAUUGGGGAUAGGCUUCAUUGUAUCUUUGUUGACAAUGGUUUGUUGAGAUACAAGGAGCAAGAACGUGUGAUGGAAACCUUUGAGAAAGAUCUUCAUUUGCCUGUCACUUGUGUGGAUGCCUCAGAACAGUUUCUUAGUAAGCUCAAAGGGGUUACUGAUCCUGAGGUGAAAAGGAAAAUAAUAGGAAAAGAGUUCAUCUGCAUUUUUGAUGCUUUUGCACAUGAACUUGAGAAAAAGUUAGGGAGGAAACCCGCUUACUUGGUCCAAGGUACCCUGUAUCCGGAUGUGAUUGAAUCUUGUCCACCACCUGGUAGUGGAAGGACUCAUUCCCACACAAUCAAGAGCCAUCAUAACGUUGGCGGGCUUCCCAAGGACAUGAAAUUAAAGCUUAUUGAACCACUUAAACUUCUAUUCAAGGAUGAGGUUCGCCAAUUGGGGAAGAUCUUGAAUGUUCCUCAGGGAUUCCUAAAGCGCCAUCCAUUUCCGGGGCCUGGCCUUGCUGUAAGAGUCUUGGGUGAUGUAACUGCAGGCAAUGCUUUAGAAGUCCUCCGCCAGGUUGACGAGAUAUUUAUACAAUCAAUCAAAGAUGCUGGGUUAUAUGAUGAAAUUUGGCAAGCAUUUGCAGUGUUUCUGCCUGUAAGAUCAGUGGGAGUUCAAGGUGAUCAAAGAACACAUUCUCAUGUUGUUACUCUCAGAGCUGUAACAAGUCAAGAUGGGAUGACAGCCGAAUGGUACUACUUUACACGUGAGUUCUAUGAUGAUGUGUCACGGAAGAUUUGCAAUAGUGUCCGUGGUGUAAACAGAGUAACCUAUGACAUUACAUCUAAGCCACCUUCAACUAUUGAGUGGGAAUAGUGCCAUUUUUACCCAAAUGCUUCAGUUCUGGCAGUGAAAGUUAUGUGGUCUACACAAAGGAACUAUUUAUCUGACGGCAAUUCCAUUGGCAUAUCUAUGGAAACAUCAUGAUUGAAAACUAUAUUGUACAUUUCUUUCUCGUUAUGGAUUUGGACUUCAAUUUGUGAGAGCUAUACUUAUUUUAUUU